AUGAGUUCACCGUGCUUUUUUCGCAUGCAGGUUGGUACUGUUUACUCUGGAUAUUAUCCUAGAGUUUGUUUUUACCUGGCGGCUCCACCCAAGGACGUUUUCCUAAUGACGUAUACACGUUAUAAGCAUCAUUGCUUUUAUGUGCACCGUAGGUUUUGGAGAAAAUUGGUAUUUUUAGUAUUGUUGUUAUUACUGGCGGAUGAUGUCGAAUUGAAUCCAGGCCCCCCUACGAAGGCUGAACAGAUGGCAAAUAUGGAAUCCAUGCUUAUGAGCCUAACUGCUAGCAUGAACAGGGUUACGACACAACUUUCUAGUAUUCAAAGUAAGCAAGAAGAAUUUGAAAAGAAACUGGACACCUUGAUUAAGAGCAAUGACCACUUAGAAAAACGUGUUGAUGGUUUUGAGGGAUUGACCAAAAAUCUACAAGCACAGAUUGAUGCUCUUGAAAACCGCAGUCGAAGGUGCAGUCUGGUGUUUUACGGCUUAGAUGAUACGAGGAGCAAUGAGACAUGGGAAGAAUUAAAGAACCAUGUGCUACAACUAUGUAAUGAUAAAAUGGGCAUCGACCCCAUUUGGAUUCAAAGCGCACGUCGGAUUGGUCAAUAUAGAGCGAAUGGGAAAAGGCCCAUUAUUGUAAACUUUGUGUCGUGGAAUGAAAAAGAAAGCAUAUUACACGCGGGGUUCAAAUUUAAAAAUAGCAACUACAGUGUCUCAGAGGAUUUUAGCAAAACACUUCGCGAUAAAAAACGUAUGUUAUCGGAUUUUUCUAAAGAAAUAAGGUUAAGCAAGGCUAACAAAGUCUUUUUGUCGUACGAUAAGCUGAUCGUGAAUGGAGAAGCGCAUAUCUGGGAUACUGAACAAAAGAAGGCGGUCCUCGUGCAUAACGAUAGACAUGUAAGAACACAAGAAUGA